AUGAACACACUGCUCAGAGCGACACGCGCCUUGCUUGCGAGCUACCGACGUCCACACCGGACCAGCGCAGAGACAAACUGGUUACGAGAUAACGCCCCAUAUGUGCCUCCUGACAACACGCUCCCACGCUAUCCUAAACGAAAGAACCCUGUCAAACGUGCCAAAUCGCUGCUUCAAACCCUGCAGCAGGAAGAGUGCACGCGGCUUGUGAACAGUGGCGAGGCGCGGCACGGCGACUUGCUCAGGAACAUCCAAGCGGGCGACGUUGUGGAGCUCAAACUUCGUACAAGUAUGACGGAUCCGGGCGCCCCACUUCGUACGCUAGUGGGUCUCUGCAUAGCCGCCCGACACCGGAGUGUGAACUCGAGUUUUCUUAUUCGCAACGUCUACGACGGUGUCGCUGUGGAGCACUCUAUCAUGGCGUAUUCGCCAUGGAUUCAGAGUGCACGCAUUCUAGAACAACGAAAAUACAAUCGGAACAAACUGUAUUAUUUACGUUCGCGACCGCUCCGUGAGUCUUUGGUGCGAAUCGGAGCAAGCAGCACUGACUCCACCUCGACAGCUAACGAGGAUACACCCUAG